CUUUGACAUGUAUUCAGGGAUAUGAGGUUCAUGGUAACCCGAAGGUGACUUGCAUCACAGCACCUUCCACUACUACCCCACUAGCCACAUGCGCCAAGAUAUGUCAAAAACCAAGUUUACCAAACGGAAUUUUUAUGGGAGAUACAUUCAAUUCCGCAUUUGGAAACAAUGAACUGAGGGGAGUUUGUAACGGUGGCUAUACAGCCACACAAGCACCUAAGGCGACUUGCGACAUUUUUGGCACGGUGACUGUGAUGGGCAAAUGCGACACCUGUAAUCCAAGGUGUACGGGGGGACUGAUGUGUGGUAACGGAACCACAUGCCAAUAUGUUAUGGUGCAUACUCCCAACCAGACCAGCAUAUCCAUGCAGCAUACCAUCCAAAGUUUGGAAGCAGAUGUGGAGUACUACGACCAGGUGGCAGGCGAGUGGUUUGAAACGCAUAACUUCACGGUCGACCUCUUCCAGGAUCCAAUCCGCAUUUUGAUGAAGGUCGGACACCAGGGCACGUAUUUCCGAUCGCGCAUCAAUAUGUACGUCCCGGAGUGCUACACAAUUUCACUCACCACCACCGGCACCCCACCAACAGGCUACCCUGUGUACACCUGGCCAAUGUUCCCGUUUGCUGCAUACGACACUAAACGAGCAGCGGUCACCCUGUCUUUGCCGACGGUUAACCCCACGGCCAAACUGAGCGUGCAGAUUGGUCUAUUUAAAGGCGCCAGCACGUCGAUCACCACGUCCACCAGCACCGUAACACUAACAAAUGUCAGAACAACAGGGCGCUUCUAUUUCCGCAUGCUUAGUCUCGCAUCGAAAUACAGUUCCUCGUCUGCAUAUACUCAGAAAGUGUUCUUCCAGAUCUCACCAUUAUGGGUGCACGCAGCUUCGUUCUACCGCUCGAACUAUGCUGCUGUGUUUGAGAGUGCUGUUGCUACAUGCUCAUGCUUUGCUUCUGCCUAUGGUUGUGUGCACCACACGUCACGGUGA